AUGUCUAUUCCCUUUUUUGACGAGAAAACGCGCUCCAAGGCUUCUGAAAUCCUUGGGAAAGCCCUGAGAUCCUUUUGGAUUACUAGCUCGUGUUGCAGAUGUGCUCAUUCAGGGAACAGCUCGCUUCUUGGAAGUCCGGUUUCCACCAUUCAAGAUCAGCCUCUUUUGUCCGAAGUGACGGAUUUAUGCCAAACAUGCGGAUCUCCUCAAUCCACGUCACCAGCUCCGCCUCUAGCAUCAUUACUGACCGACGAUGAAAAGAUUAAUCACCAGAAACUCUCAGAAAACCCCUCGGAUUUGUCUGUUCUGGGAGACGCGCCAGAUCAUCUGCUACCAAGAAAGAUCAGCGGCUUGCAGAGGCCAACAACGCUUCCAAUUUUUCAAUACACAGAAAUUGUCCCAAGAUCUCCAAGACAACAAGCCUUUGGGCUUCUUACACUCGAGCACUACACUUAUCAAGAAUCACUCAUCAUCGUCCACCACAUGGCUUCGUUGAUCCACACCCAGAAUCUGGGAAAAAGUCAAUUGGCGGCAGAAUUGUCGCUGGCAAUGCGCACGAUGCGUAAAAAUCUUUCGCCGCCAGUUGCGAUCGAAGCUGUCAAUCUCGUCCAAAGAGCGCUCUGCAGAGCGCAGAACAAAACGCUCUGCGAGGAGAUCGUCAAGGAUCAGGGAUUCAUUCGCGUUGUUGGAAGUCUUCACAAAAAUCGAAACUUCUUGGAAAACAAACAACUCUUGACUCUUGCUAAAAAUCUUCUUCGCCUUCGCUGGAGUCUUCAAUACUCGACGAUCCCUGAUUUCAUCAAUUCUUGUAAGAUCUCCGACAUGGAAGAAAACUUUGAAACUGAUGAGGUCACCCUUUUCUGCCAAUGCCUCCACAAUGUUCAUCUCAUGAGCAGUCUGGACGAGAACUUGACGGAAAACAUGGGUCAAAGUGCUGUUCGGAUUUUGGACGGCUAUGUUGCCAGUGAAAUUGAUGAUGAUGAGCUUUCCAGUACUCUUUAUCGAGUUACUUUGCUGUUCAAAUGCUUUGGAAAAAAGAUGAAUUUUUGUCAAAAACGGCAAAUUGGAGAGCUCUUCAUAAAAAUGAUUGAUAAAGGAACAUUGACAAGCGACUUCACCUUCGACGACGGACGGCUGGCCGUUAUUCACGUGCUAGACGCGUUCUACCGCGCUGAAGCCGAAUUAAACGGCUUUCGCGCGAUCUUCAACACGUGCUGCAACGAGCUUGCCGAGAGCCAGCAUGCCAAGUUGACGUCGCAAGAUGUCUCGGCAUUAUUGCGCUGCUUUCAGAAGUUCAAAGAGCAAGAUAAUGGCGCUGUGAACAAAUGCUUGUCGAAAAUUGCGGAUGCGAUGUAUACUUCAAUUAUUUCAGACAUGGAAACAGUCAAAGCCCGCGACUACACCAAAAACGUCAAAACCCUCACCGCGAAAUACUUCUACUCCGACCGCCUUUUCUACGUCUUUUGCUCAAUCGUCGAAAGAGACCUCGAAGCGAAAUGCUCUCGCAAAGCGUCUGAUAAGAACAUUUGCGCGAAAUCGUGUCGCUUUCUCGAUUUCUGCGCCCUGGCAGAUGCACUCGAUGCUAUUUCUCAAAUCAACUUUAUCUUCAAAAACGAAGUUUAUCAUCGUCAAUUUUUGGAAAAGAUCGAAAAUCGACUCUGCGAUUUGAAGACAUGGAAGAGUCUCUUUAGCUCGCAAGUGAAGAAUAAAUCGUCCAAGAUCGCUUUCGUUCUCCAACACUUUCAAACCUUCGGAUACUUCCCGAAGAAAUUCAUCAGCGCAACGAAUAGUGCCAAUCAAAGUCGUUUGGCAUUCAUCCUCGCCAAUAAGAACAAAAAAGUGCAUUCUCAGUUGAAAUCCUGGGCACUCUACCAGAAUGCGGUCAGCUACAAUGUUGCUCUGAAGAAGAGCAUAUUUUCGACAAUGCUAAAAGCCGACUUUUCUGAUCAACCCCGGUCAUUGAUGACCAUGGAGACAAAUAUCCUUCAACUUUUAGUUAUUUUCUUCAAGCCGCCGAACAAAAUCACUCAAGAGUACAGCCCCGGACAUAAUAUCCCCUAUUUUGUCAUCAAUAACGACUUUGUGAUUUUGCCCCUUCCUCGGCUCAAAUACAAGCACAGAAUCAUCUUUAUUCCGCAUUAUGAGUUUGACUCGCUUCAAGGAGGAAACAAAGGACCAAGUGUAGCUCAGUUCGCCUAUCUGUCCCAGAAGAUACUUAGUUUGAAUUCGGCCUUCCUUCAAUAA